AUGCAGGUAGAGCAUCUGGAUCAUCUGGCGGCGCAAGAGAUCCCCAAGGUUGAAAUGACAGUGUCUGAGCAUGAUGAGAAGGAAGCGUUCAGGAAGCACCUAGAAGCACUCCUGCAGCAAGCCUUUGCCGGGAUCUACUCCGAAGACACGGCGACCAUCUCACUAGUCAGCUUUGGCAGUCUGGCUUCAGGAUUUGGUAUGCCUGGUUCGGACAUGGAUCUUGCGGUUGUAUCCGGAUGGAAAGAUCCCGCCAGAGUGGAUCAGGUUGGAGCAGAUCGUGACAUUCCGCGCCUCCUCGAACGAGCAGUGUUGGAUGCGAAGAUGGGCGGCCGCUUGCUCACAAGGACACGAGUACCUAUUCUCAAGGUUUGCCAACAUCCUAUGGAGGAACUGUAUGCCGCCCUCCUGGAAGAACGGAACAAGUGGGAUGAGCUUCCUGUGGAGGAACAGUAUCCUGGACAGCUUCCCGUGCAGGAACCCUCGCAACAGGCCAAACCGCAGGCUGAAGUAGGCGGAGAGAAGGCCGCGGAAGUGAAGCAACAGGCCGAUGGCUCAGGGGUCGGUACAGAUACUUCCAACACUAGCAUUGGAAGUCCUGGAGAAUCAACCUCGAAACCCACCUUGCAGACCGACGCAAGCCCUCAAGACUUGACCCCGAAACCAAACGAGACCAACAACAAUGGAACCAACAGCACAGCUACUAAAGACCACAACCAACGCUCCGAGAAACACUGGGCACGCGAGAAAGUCCUCGGCCCCCUCGACUUCCCCAAGACAGGCGUCGGCAUCCAAUGCGACAUCAACUUCGAGAACCCACUAGGAAUCCACAACACCCACCUCCUCCGCUGCUACUCGCUCUGCGACCCGCGCGUGCAACCCAUCGUCCUAUUCGUAAAAUCCUGGGCCAAAACGCGCAAAAUCAACAGCUCCUACUCCGGCACCCUAUCCUCCUACGGCUGGGUCCUAAUGGUACUGCACUACCUCGUCAACGUCGCCCAGCCCCCCGUCUGCCCGAACCUACAACACGUCGUGCCCCCGUCAACAGAUACUGACAACGACCCCCGCGUCGGCGCCUACACAGUCCGCUUCUGGCGCGACGAGCACGCCAUCAGCCGCGCCGCGCAAUCCGGCCAGCUGACACACAACACGCAGACCAUCGGCGCCCUGCUGCGCGGCUUCUUCCAGUACUACGCCUCGGUAUCUAGCUACGGACACCCGGGCCCCCGCCCGCCGCAGUUCUACUGGACGAGCGAAGUGCUCUCGCUGCGGUCCCCGGGCGGUAUCGUCACGAAGCAGAGCAAAGAUUGGGUUAGUGCCAAGACGAUUCUCACUGCGGAGAAGAAGGUUACGAAUCGGUAUUUGUUUGCGAUUGAGGACCCGUUUGAGGUCGAUCAUAAUGUUGCCAGGACGGUUACGCAUCGCGGGAUUGUGGCGAUUCGGGAUGAUUUUCGUCGUGCGUGGAGGAUUUUGAGCGCGGUGGGGAGGGGCGUGCAGACUGAGGGCGGGUUGUUUGAUCAGGUUGUUGAGGAGGGGCAGGGGGGGAAGAGAAACAGCCGUUACGACACACCCAUCAAGCACUGGGAAGAAGAAGUCUAA